CGCACACACCUGUCACUCAGAAAGGCCAGAAGUAGUAGACCCUGUCAAAUGACGGACGUGUUUAAUUUGUUUAGCACGAUUGCGAAUUAUAUAGUGGACGUUUAUAUAGUUUAAGUAUGUAGCAAUGUUUGUAUGACCUUUCUAGUCGGAAACCGCGAAUCACAACAGUAUUCUUCAUGGUGUUAUCAUAGCAGCCAUCGCUCGUCUUUGUCUACGGAAGUAGAUUUGUGUUGUUCUCUCACAGGUGAGAGAAUGACUCGCUAUUUUUAUUACUAGAAUGGACCGUGAAUUGACAAGUAUCGGAAACUCUUUUAUCGCUCUUAUAAGAAUGACCGCAGUAUAGUUGCCACAGACUGUGCACGUGCCGGUCAGUAUGUUUGGAUUCAGGCGCCUCUCCACCGAGUGGAAAGUAGGAAUCGCAUCGGGAGUCGUUUUUUUCUCUAUGCUUACAUCCAGAACGUUAAUCUCAGAGCAGGUUGACAAAAACACUCGCGCAUCGUUGUUUCGCGUUCAGUUUGUCCUCUUCAUCAACUCCCUGCUGCUCCUCGGCUCUCUCUACAUUUGGAAACGCGUGGCUCGACGGCUGUGCGGAUCCAGAGGUGCACAUUCUGUCCCGCAGAGAUGUUGGCGUCUUCUCGUCCUGCUGUUUCUUACUCUGGUGCACGGGAGCUACCUUUGCAUGUUUUUCCUCGUGGACACUGAGCCACACUGGUUAUCAUUACUGAGUUUCUCCUGUUUGGGCAUUUAUGUCAUCUUAUUGUUCUUCCUGUUCGUUUUUGGCUGCCUUAAACGCCUCCGCAGGCUUCUCUCCCGAAGCCGAGGAGGAGGAGAGGAUGCUGUCGCGAGCGGAUCAGUCAGUCAUAUAGUUCUGGCAAUGAUAGUAACGGCAGUACUGGCAGUGUAUGGGUUGGUAAAUGCAGCACAGCCUCCACGAGUAGUCGAGGUGGAGAUCCCAGUAGAGAAGCUCCCUGAGUCUUUGAACGGGCUCAGGUUGGUGCUUCUGUCCGACAUACAUCUGGGACCUACAAUAGGCCGCUCCAAACUGCAGCGCAUUGUUAAUAUGGUGAAUGAGCUGAACCCAGAUGUGGUGGUGAUUGUCGGUGACCUGACUGACUCUCAGGUGAAUCGACUGAGGACUGCUGCAGAACCACUGGGACAGAUGAAGGCUCCACUCGGCUCCUAUUUUGCCACAGGCAAUCAUGACUACUACACUAACGAUGUUGAAGGCUGGUUUGAGCUCUUGCACUCAAUGGGGAUUCAGGCUCUUCACAACAGCCAUGCAAAAGUGUUUCGUCCUGAACAAACUCAAGACUGGAUAUGCCUUGCUGGUAUUGAUGACCUUGAGGCCCGCAUGCUACGAUACCCAGGCCAUGGCAUGGAUGUUGAGAAAGCUCUUAGUGGCUGCAGUGCAGAGAGUCCCAUUAUUCUUCUUGCACAUCAGCCUCAUGCUGCCAAACAGGCCCUCCAGCAACGACCAGACAUCAGUCUGGUACUCUCAGGUCACACACACGCUGGUCAGCUCUUCCCCCUCACCAUCCUGGCAUUCCUGAUGAAUCCGUUUUUCUGUGGACUCUACCGUGUCUCUGAACACACUAUGGUCUACGUGACCCCUGGAACCGGUUAUUAUGGCAUUCCAAUGAGAAUCGCAAGCCGAUCAGAAAUUACAAACAUUAUAUUGAAACGUGCUUGAGAGCCUCACAGAGUGCAGUGCAGGGAUUAAACACACAAUCUAAGUCAUACAUUAGCCUGCAUGCUGUGAUAUAAACAGUUAACAUGUAUUACAUAGUAAUGUAGGCAUAAUUAUGCAAUAUAUACGUUAAAAUAAAUUCUACAGUUUGCACUAUGAUUUACUUGAGCAAUCUUACAACAGGUCUGUUUUACUAGAGAAUUAGACACAUUUAGCCAUCUUUUUUUUAAUGUAAUUUUGUAAGUUGUUUGCCAAAACAUACUAAAAAUCCAAGCACUUUAAUAUUUGAAUAUUCAUUCCAGAAGUGCCAGUUUUUAAAUUACUUUGUAUUUGUACUGUUUUACUCUGGCCCCUUUCAUCUGUUUUAUUUAGUUCAUAACACAAUCAAAAUUAAUUCAGUGCACUGUUUCGACUGUCACAUUUGUGAGUCAAUCAGGGAUUUCAUAAACCAUCUGUUGUGGCAAAUGUUUUGAUUAAAGGUUACUACUACAACAAA